AUGUCCAUCUGGGAGCUUGUGCUUGUGUUGAAAAUUUACCUGCACCUGCUUAUCGCGGCAGGCAACUCACCAAAUGCGGGCGAGGCGGACAUCGGCGUGAUUUCGCCCUACGCGGCUCAGGUGGCACAAAUCAAGUCAGCCAUGGAGGCGGAGAAGAUGUCCUUCCAGGAGCCGGACGCAAGGACAGAUGCAACGGGCUGUCCGGAGGUUAAGACUGUGGAUGGCUAUCAAGGACGUGAAAAAGAGGUCUCUUGGCGGAAGGAAUUGAAAAUACAAGUGCAAAGCAGUACUCUUAUUGCAGGUUGGUUGUACUUCCGGGCUUCUUGUUUCUAG